CGUAGACGACAUACCUAGUCGUGAGGCAGUCGAUCGAAUGGUAGAAGACCUUAACAAACAAAUGGCUAAACGUGAGAAAUUUUCACGUCAAAAGACUAUUAACGAAGAUGACGAUAUUACUUACAUUAACGAGCGUAAUAGAAGAUUCAAUGAGAAAAUUGGUAGAUUUUAUGAUAAGUACACUCGCGAAAUCAAAGAAAACUUUGAACGUGGUACUGC